AAAAUUAGUCAAUAAAAAUAAUAUACAAAAAAAAAAGACAAGUAAAAAUACAGUAAAACCAUGUAAUUAUUUAAAGAAACAGGAAUGCAAAACUGAAUAUGAGAAUAAAUGUUAAAAUAGGUUUUUUAGAGCCAUAUUUGAAAGCCAUUUUAUUAUUCCCAACUUCUCACCUGUGAGUCACAGUGAGUCAGGUCGCUAGGUUUGGCCCUUGGGUGAGUGGAUGGAUGGGUGGAGAGAGGAGGAGGAGGAGGAGGGAGGUGCAGAAGUUGUGUUGUUCAUGUCUGGAGAGAAGAGCGCACCGCGAGUCCAACCUCUCCACGCUCCGGAGCGCAAAGGAAAAUGUUGCUCGAAUCUUAAAGGCUUCACACAGUGAACACAGUCUGUGGUGGGUUACUGACAAGACUUCAAUCAUCAGCAUCAGAAUUGUUUUAUCCGCAGAAAGCGUCGCAUCGAUGAAUUUCUCCGGGAAACUGACAAACGUCCUCCUGCUGGUGCUCCUCCUCGCAGCGCAAGGCUGUUUUUCAUCAAAGGGGGAGGACAGAUUGUUUCGGAGGUUGUUCAGGAGGUACAACCAGUUCAUCCGACCAGUGGAGAAUGUGUCGGAUCCAGUCACGGUGGAGUUUGAGGUCUCCAUAUCUCAACUGGUCAAAGUGGAUGAGGUGAAUCAGAUUAUGGAAACUAAUCUGUGGCUGAGACAUGUCUGGAACGACUACAAACUGAAAUGGGCCCCUAUCGAGUACGAUGGGAUCGAGUUCAUACGCGUUCCUUCCAACAAAAUUUGGAGACCAGACAUUGUUUUGUACAACAACGCUGUAGGUGACUUCCUUGUGGAGGACAAGACCAAAGCUCUGCUGAAGUUUGAUGGCACCAUCACCUGGGUUCCUCCAGCUAUUUUCAAAUCCUCCUGCCCCAUGGACAUCACCUACUUCCCCUUUGACUACCAGAACUGCUCCAUGAAGUUUGGCUCCUGGACGUACGACAAGGCCAAGAUCGACCUGGUGCUCAUCGGCUCAAAGGUGAACCUGAAAGACUUCUGGGAAAGUGGCGAGUGGGAGAUCAUCGACGCACCGGGAUACAAGCAUGACAUCAAGUACAACUGCUGCGAGGAGAUCUACCCGGACAUCACCUACUCCUUCUACAUCCGCCGCCUGCCUCUCUUCUACACCAUCAACCUCAUCAUCCCCUGCCUCCUCAUCUCCUUCCUCACCGUGCUCGUCUUCUACCUCCCGUCCGACUGCGGCGAGAAGGUCACCCUGUGCAUCUCCGUCCUCCUCUCCCUCACUGUGUUCCUGCUGGUCAUCACCGAGACCAUCCCUUCGACGUCGCUCGUCAUCCCUCUGAUCGGCGAGUACCUCCUAUUCACCAUGAUUUUCGUUACGCUCAGCAUCGUCAUCACCGUCUUCGUGCUGAACGUCCACUACCGCACCCCCAUGACUCACACCAUGCCGGAGUGGGUGAGGUCUGUGUUCCUCGGGGUGCUGCCCAGAGUGAUGCUGAUGAGGCGGCCUAUCGACCAGGGCUGCUCCGCCCCUGCCAUUACAGGAGGGACCGGAGGAGGUGGGGGGAACAAGAAGAGAAAGAACAGCAUAGGAGGAGGAAGUGGCACAGGAAGUGUAAUUGUCGGAGGUAUUACGGGGGGUGUAGCGUGUCCAUCGCUGGAUGGCGGUGCAGGAGAAAGAGGAGGAGGAGGAGGGGCCGCCUCUGCUGGUGGCUCCAUGAACUGUGUGGAGUACGGCGAGAUCAACCGGGACAAGAACAGGAGGUGCCCCUACAGAGGCAAGGAGGUGCCGACUCCUGUCCCUCCACCGAUGGUGCCGCCUCCUCCUCCUCCUCCUCCUCCUCCUCCGCCCUCACAGGCACCCCCAACCCAAGGGCCCCAGGAGUCAGAGUUGCCCAAGGUGCCGAGGCCGAUAAACACCCCUUCGGCAACGGUCAACGCUGUCGUUGCCUUCUCCGUGGUGUCGCCGGAGAUCAAACAGGCCAUAGAGAGCGUGAAGUACAUCGCAGAGAACAUGAGGACUCGCAACAAAGCCAAAGAGGUGCAGGACGACUGGAAGUACGUCGCCAUGGUCAUUGACAGGAUCUUCCUCUGGGUUUUUGUGACAGUGUGUGUGCUGGGAACACUGGGACUCUUCCUCCAGCCUGUCAUCAACUUCUUCUUAAUAUGAGAAACUCGUCUUCGUCCCGUCUCUCUCUCCCUCUCUUUUUGUCUACUUCUGUCUGUCUCUGUACCCCACUCGAAUUACUCUGGGAAUUAUCCCUCCUGCAGCUCUUUCACAUCAAACACUGAACCGUCUUCUUUCUCCUUUUUCUGUCUCUCCUCUCUCUGUCGCUCAUGCUCUUCUCUGGGACUCCAUCAUCAGCCGUCACUUCUAGCUCUCAGCUGUCUUGUUUCCUCACAUGACUGAUUUCCCCAUCUCAUCUACGCCUUGCCCUCCCGAUGUGCAUGCAAUGCUGUUAUCCAGUCUCUUCCUCCUUAUCGCUGUUUAUUUUCUGACAUGAUUAUCACGUCUGCUCUCCUUUCCUCUUCCCCCUUUCUCUGUUUUCCUCCUCUCCUGUGCCAUGUUUUGACCCGCCUCUGCCUUCAGUGAAUCUCCUCACAGCUGUGUCCACUCUUCUCUGCAUUUCCAUUCUUUGUGUUUUGCUGAAAAUGUCCACUCAGUCAUUGUUAUUAUACAGUCUUAUGCAAUAUGUUUAACAAUGUCAGGUAAUUAUUAAAGUCAGUAUUGCAAUAGAAGAACCUCUUAACAUGCAAAUCACUGAGAAACCUGAAUACCCUCGUGAGUUUUGCAGUAGGACUUUGUCAUUGUAAGCCGGUGAAAUAACACUUUUGAGAAACGUGGCACAGUAUGUCUGUCUAUAAUUUCCAAGUUAAAGACAAAUACUGACAGCUGGUAAUAAUAUGUAUGAUGUUGUGAUGUGAAGGUCCUCUGUUGGCUGCCUCUUUUUCUUCAGGAUGUUUUUUUUUUUCUUCUGUUGUCAGACUUCUGUGUUUCCCUGUACAUACGUUUGUAAAAAUACAAGAGUUAUGCAUGGCUUCUGAGAAGGACGCCGGCUACGGCUGCACACAAAUGACGUGUUUCCCACAUGUGCUCACACACUAAGUAUAAUUGUUGCGCAUCACACAUAAAUUCACAACUUCACUGCAAUCUUACAAUGUAUAGAAAACACUUUGAAUUGCACAAUGUAGAUUAAACUUGUAAAAAGACAUAAACAUCCAAACUGUGUCAUGUUAUUUAAUAAUAAAGAAGGUCCUCGACUCAAA